GUUUUCACAAGUUGGUCCCAAAAUGACCUCUUGGCUAUAUCUUGGCUUAACCUUGGCUGAGAUAACAAGCCUCACAGAAAGCAGUGUUGAGCCAGUUGGGGGUUGCACAAUGCGGGGAAGCCAGUCUCAACCAGGAGUGUUGUUCCUAUGCCAAGGUGUCAUGUCUUAUAACAUGAGCUGAUGGCUGGAUUUCGUCGGGUUCUUCCCGUUCGCAAUUAUCAUCUUUUUCUGCUGGAUUUUCUACAGUGUAGCGAGGCAGAGACGGUUCUUUCAAGUGCUUUGCAACUCGGCGGCUGUUAUCACCAAGACGACAACGGAGCACAGCUCGAGACGUUGGAGAAAUAGAGCCGAACCCGACCCUCAUUCAGGGCCAGAUGAAGGUAAACCUACGACCAUGAUGGACGCGAAACCAGCUGCGAUGGAGGCAAAUAUCGACUACACUGGCGCCACGACCAAGACGGAUCCCGUAGAGAUCGCGCUGGUUCGCAAGUUGGAUUUGCGCAUCAUGCCGAUUCUCUUCACCAUGUACUUCCUGAACUACGUCGACCGCAAUUCUAUUGCCCAGGCACGACUCGAUAAUCUGGAGGAGGAUCUGGGCAUGACGGGGUGGGAGUUCAAUACGACCGUCAGCAUUCUUUUCGUCGGCUAUGUCUUGAUGCAAAUUCCCAGCAACAUGCUCAUCACCCGCAUCCGACCGGGCGUCUACAUGAGCGGCUGGAUGCUCAUCUGGGCCGUUGUCUCGGCCUGCACUGCUCUGGUCCAGAACUAUACCGGCCUGGUUACUGCGAGAUUCUUCCUCGGCAUUACCGAAGCGCCCUUCUACCCCGGUGCUACUUACAUGUUGUCCAUAUUCUACACACGUAAAGAAGUAGCUGUCCGCAUCGCCGUCCUCUACUGCGCCCAAAUCCUCGCCACCGGCUUCACCAGCCUCAUUGCGGCGGGUGUCUUCGCCGGAAUGAGAGGGCUACGCGGAAUAGCCGGCUGGAGGUGGCUCUUCAUCAUCGAAGGAGCAGCCACAGCGGCACCAGCGGAGCGGGAGCUCGCUCACGCCCGAAUGGAGAGCAAUGAGGUUGGAAACUCGGGAGAGCAGAGCAGCACCUGGGUUGGUCUGAAGGAAGCUUGCAAGGAUAAGCGGACGUGGUUGUUUUGCUUGAUGCAGAGCUUCCAUUUAAGUGCUUGCUCGUUCAAUUCGUUCUUUCCUACCGUCGUCAAAACCCUCGGCUUCAACACAACCAUCACCCUCGUUAUGACCUGCCCACCCUUCAUCUUCGCCGGUGCAUCCGGUAUCCUCUGCGGCUGGAGCUCAGGCCGCCACCACGAGCGCACAUGGCAUAUCACGGUGGGACUCACAGUGGCCAUCGUGGGCUUCGUCGUGGCCGCCAGCACCUUAAACACCGCUGCUCGUUACUUGGCCUGUUUCAUUUUCCCCGUGGGGUCAUAUUCCGUCAACUCGGUCAUUAUCGGUUGGGCGAGCUCAACACUGGGUCAGACCAAGGAGAAGAAAGCGGUUGUUCUAGCUAUGACCAACGUCUUUGGUCAGAUAGGGUAUAUUUACGGCGCUUAUAUGUGGCCUAGUUACGACUCUCCGCGAUACGGUAUCGGAUUCGGUUCUUCGGCUGGCUUCGCUCUGUGCACCAUUGUCUGUGCCUGGAUUUUGAGAGUAAUUCUUGUGCUGGAGAACAGGAAGAUCCGAGUUUCGACUUCGGAGCAAGUCAACUUGUAUGGAUACUAAUGGUGUUAUAUGGAAGAAAGACACGGUCUCGGGUCAAGGAAGAGGAUGCGCAUCUCCGACACUUCAACAAUCCCCCAGAACGAUAGCGAUAUAAUUUUGAUCAAAUCCUCUUAUAGCAAUUAGGUUUUUACGUUCGUUAUUAUUCCAAGCCAGGGCCUCGCUGUACUCCCUAGCAGUUGAUACACAUGAACGAUGGAAUACCCAGUGGCCAAAACACAAUGAGACACUUCACACUAUAAUACAGAAUCGUUCGGAUGUUAGUUUCUCAUCGCUUAGAAGAGACUGAAACUACGACAUACUACGCUGAGCAGAAGUCUCAAAUGCUAAUCUUUGUCUGGACUCAAUAUUCCUAGAGUGUCUAUUCGUGAGUUUCUCUGGUGGAGUUUCGGCUGACCUGACUGUACAACUUUGAAUCUUAGAAAGCCAAG